AUGGCCAGCGUCGUUGACAUGUCGAAUGAUCCGUCUAUUCGCAUUCAGUGGAUGUGGAAUGCGAAUGUAGAAAAUACAACCAUAGAAGAAGCAUACUCAACAGGUAAAACUUAUGCCAUGUUGGAAAAAUAUCAUAUCGAUUUCAAACACAAUCUUCAAAUCUCGAACACUGAUACCAAUAAGCAGCGACCUGUCACGCGAACGAUGGUCAAUAAAGAAAAAAAGGAUCUUAAAGAUACAAAAACUGCGGCAGUUCCACACAAAGCUUGUAGGCGUCUGAUGAGUGAAGUGGCGAAGUUAAAACAGUUGGAAAAUGGUACACCAGUCGAGUUUAUACUUGAUCAAACUCCAUUUGAUGAACCGCAAGAGUCCCAGCAACCACAAUCAGAUAAAAUCAUCGGGCGUGUAUUUCCAAUGUCGGAGAACUACAGACUAGGUGCAUUUCAAAUUGAAAUUAACAUUUCGGCUGAGUAUCCAUUCAAAGUACCAACGUUCCGCAUGAUCACACCAAUAUAUCAUCCGAAUGUCAUUGAAUCUGGUCAUUUCUGCUGUUGUUGCAAUCCAUUCACAGAAGACCCUUUGAAGUGGGCACCCACAACUACAUUGGUCGAUCUCGUUCGUAGUAUAAUUCAUGUUAUCGAUAAUCCCAAACUCUGCGGUUCCACAAAUUCUGAAUAUGAGUACAAUAGGGCCGAAUUCAAUCGCAAGGCAAUCGCGAUGACCCGGAAUAAUGCUUUGCCAAGAACUUGA